AUGGACUUUAAAGCACUGGCUUCUAGGUUUUCGUUUUCUUCAAACUUAUCUGAGAACCAGUCAGGCUCCUCUUCUACAACCGGAUCGUCGGGUGACCAUCACACUGUACAACAACCAGCACAGCAACCACCCACAGUCACACUCGUAAGCGAUCCACCCACAAUAGCGGCACCGGCGCCGGCAGUUGUCCACUCGAGCAAGCACUCGGGGGCCCCCAUACUGGCGUCGGUUGCACCACCUCCAUCACAAGUAUCAAUGACUCCGACUGGAACAAUUACAGCUGAGCCGCUUCCAGUUUUAUCACCAUCUCCAGCAGCAGCAGCAGCAGCAGCGACAUCAGCAAGUGACUUGCUAUAUCACAACAAAGGCGCAUUGAAUGUGGGCCAGGUGAUGAGGUACAAAAUCACAUAUACACCACCUGAUGAGUACGCAUGCGCGGACGCACCGGAGCCGCUAUGGCUCAAGAUCCGGAACCUGGAGGUAGUGGCGCUGCGGGCGGCGUACCUAGCUGGGCCAUUUAUUUUAUACGUGGACGUGCGGCCUGAUGGCUAUGACCAGCACAAAAAGGUGAUGGCGGAGGUGGAGCAACCAUACUACGAGCCGCAGCUCAAGGCUGGACAAUCAUUCUACGCACCACUACAUGUGAAUGAACCUGCGGAACGGCGGCGGCGGACAUAUUCAUGGACGGUGGAUAUUGUUUCGCAAAUUAUUUUUUCAAUUUCUGCGCAAGUGCAAUAUGAGAUUAGUGUGGGUCGGACCAAGGAAUCACUCAACUCGAUUUCCAUCAAGCCUUCUACAACCAAGGGAUCAUCUCGGGCAUUAUUUGGACCGCUACCAGGAUCCGGGAUGUUGAUUUCAUCUUACGACACACUUGAUUUGUGGAGCUCGCCUGUGCCCAAGGCUACGGGGCCAUUACAUUUAGUUGUGAUUACUCAUGGGCUGCAUUCCAACACCGGAGCAGACAUGUUGUACGCGAAGGAGGCGAUUGAUGCAGCUGCACGAAGGAGCGGAGAAAAUGUGAUUGUGCGGGGGUACUUUGGGAAUGUGCGCAAGACAGAGAAGGGUGUGCGGUACUUGGGCCGGCGGCUUGCGGAAUGGGUUGUGCAGGAGGUUAUGAACCAGGAUGCAGCAGGGCCUGUUAGGGUGUCACGGAUUUCGUUUAUAGCCCACUCGAUGGGUGGACUUGUGCAGACUUAUGCGAUAGCUCACAUUGCGACACAUUAUCCUGAUUUUUUUGAGCGGGUGGAGCCUAUGAACUUUAUUGCACUUGCAACACCAUUUUUAGGGAUAUCUAAUGAGAAUCCGUAUUAUGUCAAGUUUGCAUUGGAUAUUGGGUUUGUGGGGAAAUCUGGGCAGGAUUUGAGCUUGGCCAAGCCAUUAUUAUUAUCAGGACACGGCAAGCCGUUGUUGAGGAUUCUUCCGACUGGUCCAACACAUGAGAUUUUGAAAAAGUUUCGACACAGAACAUUGUAUGCAAAUGCAGUGAAUGACGGGAUUGUACCGUUACGGACGUCUGCGAUAUUGUAUUUAGACUGGAAUGGAUUGGGGCAGGUUGGGCAGGCGAUUAAAGAGGAGUUGGAGCAUCAUGAAGGUAAGGGAGAGAAUGAUAAAAAGAAGGAAAAGGAAAAGGAAAAGGAGGAGGAGGAGGCGAUUGUGCCGAUGGUUCAUCCUCGUCCUCAGCAUCAUCACGGGUUGUUUCAUCAUGGAGAUGGUUCUAAGGAGAAGAUUCCUGUUGAUGGAAGGGUGAAUUCGUUGGAGGCACCUGAGGAAGCCAAAGGAGAUGGGGCAGUACCGGUUGAUCCUCCAGGGUCACCGGAUAGUGUUGUUGGGGAGAUUCCUGAGCGGUAUGAGGAUUUACCAGCGACAGAGCUGAGCAACACUAGUCAUGAUGAGACGGGGCUUACUGUUGGUAAAACAGUCGUUGUUGGGGGCAGUGGGAAUGGAAUAUUUUCUGGGAUUUUAACACCAGUACAAAGUAUGUUUUCAUUAUUUGGUCCAAGUGCCCAUCGCAAGGCGCCCAAGAUUUACCGGCAUAGUCAGACACUUCCGAUAUCUGCAGAGGAUGACGAGGGCAAUUUAUAUGGGGCACGAAGGGGAGGAGGCAAUGGUGGUGGCAGUGGUGGUGGCAGUAGUAAUAGUAAUGGUACUAGUAAUAGUACUAGUGGUAGUACUACUAAUGGGGCUACGACUACGGGGAAACUUGAGCCUUACAUUCCACCCAAGACUGGAGUUCUUGAAUCUGGAGUAUCAGUUUUAUUACCUCCUCUUCCUCCGGAUGCGUUUAUUUUAGAUCCUGGAGCUAGGCCAGAGACAAUUGUGCAUGAUCGGCUUUAUCAUGAUUAUGAUUUACCUCCUCGUCGGUUCAAGAGACGGACUUCAUCGAAACUUAGUGGGAAGGCGCAUGGUCAUGGUGGUGGUGGUGGUGGUGGUGGUGGUAGUAGUAGUAGUGAAGAGAGGGUUGUUGAUAGGUCCAAAUUGGAGGAGAGGAUAGCGAGGGAUU